AUGGCCCCAAUUGCCGUGUCCCCAGAGCGGGACUCCUUGGUCUCGCUUCAUUCAUUGACGAAUAAUUAUGAAGACACCGUUUCAUUUUUCCUCAACGGAUCAAGGGUUGUUCUCGACGAGAUCGACCCCGAAGUGACGCUUUUGGAAUAUCUGAGAGGCAUCGGCUUGACUGGCACUAAACUGGGCUGUGGAGAAGGAGGUUGUGGCGCCUGCACCGUUGUUAUUGCCGGCUGGAAUCCAACAACCAAGCAAAUUUAUCACGCCAGCGUCAACGCUUGUUUGGCACCUUUGGCCAGUGUCGAUGGCAAACAUGUCAUUACAAUUGAGGGUAUCGGUAAUGCGAAGAGGCCACAUCCGGCCCAAAGGUUGAUUGCUGAAGGAAAUGGGAGCCAAUGCGGCUUUUGCACGCCUGGAAUCGCCAUGAGCCUUUAUGCUCUGUUGCGAAAUAACGCUGCACCAUCCGAACACGACGUUGAGGAGGCAUUUGACGGUAACUUGUGCCGUUGCACAGGCUACAGGCCCAUUCUCGACGCCGCCCAGGCUUUCAGCGUCAAGAAAGACGCAAGCCUUGGCUGUGGCAAAUCCACUGCGAAUGGCGGCGGCGGUUGUUGCAUGGAAAAUGGUAACGGCAGCGCCGCCGGUGGAUGCUGCAAAGACGACAAAGCGAGCGAAUCCGAUAAGUCGGGCAAGAGGUUCCCGCAGCCAAAACUAAUCAAAUAUGACCCGGAAACGGAACUCAUCUUCCCUCCAGCCCUGAAAAAGCAUCAGUUCAAGCCCCUCACCUUUGGCAACAAGCGCAAGCGCUGGUAUCGGCCUGUAACCUUGCAGCAACUGCUAGAGAUCAAGAGUGUACAUCCGGACGCAAAGAUCAUCGGCGGAAGCACCGAGACCCAGAUAGAAGUCAAGUUCAAGGCCUUGAGCUACCCUGUCUCGGUCUUUGUUGGUGAUAUACCCGAGCUUAGACAGUACGAGUUGAAGGAUGACCAUCUUGAGAUUGGAGGAAACGUGACGCUCACGGAUCUGGAGGGUAUCUGCCAGAAGGCAAUAGAGCACUUCGGUCCGGCUCGCUCCCAAGUCUUUGCUGCAAUCUACAAGCAGCUCAAGUACUUCGCUGGAAGGCAGAUCAGAAACGUCGGCACACCUGCCGGUAAUCUCGUAACCGCGUCCCCUAUCUCGGAUCUCAACCCCAUAUUCGUUGCUUCAGACUCCACGUUACUGGCCAGGUCCCUCCGAGAGGAGGAGCCAAUAGAGAUACCAAUGGCGAGCUUUUUCAAGGGAUACCGCAUGACAGCACUGCCGAAAGAUGCAGUUAUCGCCUCGAUCCGAAUCCCGGUAACCCGGGAAAAGGGGGAUUUUUUCAGAUCAUACAAGCAAGCCAAGAGAAAAGACGACGAUAUCUCGAUUGUCACUGGUGCUCUCAGCGUCGUUUUGGACGCCGACGGGGUAGUUGAGAAGUGCAACUUUGUCUUUGGUGGUAUGGCAGCCACUACUCUGGCCGCCAAAAACACAUCGGAAUUCAUCACUGGCAAAAAGUUUGCGGACCUGGAAACACUAGAAGGUGCCAUGAACGCUCUGGAGAAGGAUUUCAAUCUUCCCUUUGGAGUGCCGGGCGGCAUGGCCUCGUAUCGCAAAUCCCUCGCGCUCGGUUUCUUCUAUCGGUUUUACCACGAUGUUAUGGGGAGCAUUGGCGCGGACGGUGAUUCUGCGCCUCUAGCUAGCCAUGCGGAUAGGGACGCCGAGCCGGAACUGGAGCGUGACAUCUCCACUGGUACUGUGGACCGAGACACAACUGCCGCCUAUGAGCAGGAGAUCUUGGGCAAGGGUAAUCCUCACCUCGCAGCCCUGAAGCAGACAACAGGUGAAGCACAAUAUACAGACGACAUACCACCCCUGGCAAAUGAACUUCAUGGAUGUCUAGUGCUUUCCACGAAGGCACACGCCAAGAUCAGAUCCAUUGAUUAUUCGGCUGCACUCGAGAUCCCAGGUGUUGUAGACUACGUGGACAGGCACGACCUCCCACGACAGGACCUCAACCGUUGGGGUGCGCCGCACUUCGAGGAGGUCUUCUUUGCCGAGGACGAGGUGUUCACUACAGGGCAGCCUAUUGCCUUGAUACUUGCAAAGUCGGCCCUCAAAGCUGCCGAGGGAGCCAGAGCCGUCAAGGUCGAGUACGAUGAACUACCGGCAAUAUUUUCCAUCGAAGAAGCAAUUGAGAAGGAAAGCUUCUUCAACUAUUUCCGAGAGAUCAAAAAGGGAGAUCCAGAGGGCACCUUCGACAAGUGCGACCACGUCUUUACCGGCAUAGCCCGGAUCGGCGGACAAGAACAUUUUUACCUUGAGACGAAUGCGACUGUGGCGGUGCCAAAACCCGAAGAUGGUGAGAUGGAGAUAUACUCCAGCACACAAAACCCCAACGAGACGCAAUUGUAUGCUGCUCGCGUAUGCGAUGUCAAAAUCAACAAGAUACUCGUGCGGGUGAAGCGGCUUGGCGGCGGCUUCGGUGGCAAAGAAUCGCGGUCGGUGCAGCUCAGUUCCAUCAUCGCUCUCGCAGCCCAUAAGACGCGCCGGCCAGUCCGCUGCAUGCUCACUCGUGAGGAGGACAUGGUAAUAUCAGGUCAACGCCACCCAUUCUUGGGACGGUGGAAGGUUGGCGUGAACAAAGACGGCAAAAUACAAGCGUUGGACAUUGACAUUUUCAACAAUGGCGGCUGGUCCUGGGACUUGAGCGCCGCCGUCUGCGAGCGCUCCAUGUCUCACAGUGAUGGAUGUUACCGUGUGCCCAAUGUCCAUGUGCGCGGCCGAAUCUGCAGGACAAACACCAUGUCUAACACGGCUUUCCGGGGCUUUGGUGGUCCACAAGGCAUGUUCAUUGCCGAGACCUACAUGUCGGAAGUCGCAGAUAGAUUGGGAAUGCCUGUCGAGAAGCUACGGGAGAUCAACAUGUACAAGCACGGCGAGUCAACACACUUUAACCAGACGCUCGACGGCGACUGGUUUUUACCUUUGAUGUACAAGCAGGUACAGGAAGAGACGAAGUAUGCGGAGCGCCGCGAGGCUGUGGCUCGUUUCAACGCCGAACACAAGUGGCGCAAGCGAGGUGUGGCCCUCAUCCCAACCAAGUUUGGCAUCUCCUUCACGGCCCUGUGGUUCAACCAGGCCGGUGCCUUGGUACACAUAUACCACGACGGCUCGGUCCUAGUCGCGCACGGCGGCACCGAGAUGGGCCAGGGUCUUCAUACCAAAAUGGCCAUGAUUGCUGCCCAAGCGCUCAAUGUCCCCUUGGACAGCGUCCACAUCUCUGAGACGUCAACCAACACCGUCGCGAACGCCUCAGCCACGGCGGCCUCAGCUAGCUCGGACCUCAACGGCUAUGCCAUCUUCAACGCGUGCGAGCAGCUCAACAAGCGCCUGGAGCCGUAUCGCGAGAAGCUCGGCAAGGACGCGAGCAUGGCCAAGCUUGCUGAGGCAGCCUACUUUGACCGCGUCAAUUUGUCUGCGCAGGGGUUCUACAAAACCCCUGAGAUAGGCUACACUUGGGGCGAGAACAAGGGCAAGAUGUUCUUCUACUUCACUCAGGGUGUCGCGGCCGCCGAGGUCGAGAUCGACACGCUGACGGGCACCUGGACCUGUCUCCGUGCCGACAUCAAGAUGGACGUUGGCCGCAGCAUUAACCCGGCCAUCGACUACGGCCAGAUUCAAGGGGCAUUUGUGCAGGGUCUGGGACUUUUCACGAUGGAGGAGUCACUCUGGCUGCGCAGCGGACCCCAGAAGGGCAUGCUGUUCACCCGUGGGCCAGGCACUUACAAGAUCCCCGGUUUCCGCGACAUACCGCAGGUCUUCAACGUCAGCCUGCUCAAGGAUGUUGAGUGGAAGGAGCUGCGCACCAUUCAGCGGAGUCGUGGCGUCGGCGAGCCCCCGCUCUUUAUGGGAAGCUCGGUCUUCUUUGCUAUUCGCGACGCUCUCAAGGCUGCGAGGGCUCAGUAUGGCGUGGAAGCGACCGUGGGAAGCGAUGAUAAGGAUGAUGGAUUGCUCAGGCUCGAGAGUCCGGCGACCCCUGAACGCAUCCGCCUUGCUUGUGUCGAUCCUAUCAUGGAGCGAUCCAGGGUAGCUCCGAAAGAAGGGGAGAAGAAUUUUUUCAUUGCCAUAUAA